AUGGAAGAAAUAGUUGCAUCUUCUGAUAAAGAUGAAAUAAAGGAAGGAAAUAAAAGUUGUGAUGAUAGUUUAGUUGCAAUUGUUGCUUGCGAUGAAGAUGAAGAACCUAGAACUGGAAUGACAUUUGGUUCCGAAGAAGAUGUUACUCAAUAUUACACUAAUUAUGCCAAACGUAUGGGUUUUGGAGUUGGAAAAAUAAGUUCAAAAAACGGUGAUGAUGGAAGGAAAUACUUUACUCUAGCAUGUUAUUGUGCAAGAAAGUAUGUGAGCACUUCAAAGAAUCCUUCAAAGCAAUACCGUACAUCGAAAACACAAUGCAGAGCUAGGUUGAAUGCGUGUAUUGCUUUAGAUGGAACAAUUACUGUUUCAAGAGUUGUUCUUGAACAUAAUCACGAACUUGGCCAAACCAAAGGGCGGUAUUUCAGAUUGGACGAGAAUUCGGGGCCUUGUAUAAAGAAGAGUUUAGAACUUAAUGAUCAAGCUGCAAUAAAUGUUAGCAGAAGUCUUCAAUCUGCGGGUGUUGUAACAAAUGGGUGUGUGAAUGUUACUUUUGGAGAAAAAGAUUUUAGAAACCAUAUACACAAAGUAAGGCGGAUAAAACUUGGGAGAGGAGAUGUUGAUGCGAUUCAUAGCUUUUUUUCUAGAAAUCAAAAGCAAAAUAGUCAAUUUUAUUAUGCAAUUGAUAUGGAUGAUAAAAGAAAUUUACAAAAUUUAUUUUGGGCUGAUGCGAGGUGUAGGGCUGCAUAUGAGUAUUUUGGUGAAGUCAUAACUUUUGACACUACUUAUUUUAGAAAUAAGUAUGACUUGCCAUUGGCCCUUUUUGUUGGAGUGAACCAUCAUGGUCAGUUUAUUUUGUUGGGGUGUGCAAUAUUGUCGAAUGUGGAUACUAAAACUCUUACUUGGUUGUUCACAAGAUGGUUGGAAUGUAUGCAUGGACAUGCUCCAAAUGGCAUAAUUACUGAUGAUGAUAAAGCAAUAAAAAAUGCAAUUGAGGUUGCCUUUCCAAAAGCUCGUCAUCGAUGGUGCUUGUGGCAUAUAGUGAAAAAGGUCCCAGAAAUGUUGGGUAAACACUCUUAUUGUGAGUCUAUCAAAACACUUAUGCAUGAUGUGGUAUAUGAUUCUCAAAGCAAAAGUGAUUUCAUGGAGAGGUGGGGAAAUAUGAUAGAACGUUAUAAACUACAUGAUAAUGGAUGGCUAAAAGAGUUAUUUGAUGAGCGAAAUCGUUGGGUUCCUGUGUAUGUGAAAGACACAUUUUGGGCUGGAAUGUCAACUACACAAAGGAGGGAAAGAAUAGAAUCAUUUUUUGAUGGUUACGUAAGUUCAAAGACAACAUUGAAGCAAUUUGUUGAACAAUAUGAUGAUGUAUUGAAUGAUAAAAUUGAAAAGGAAAGCAUGACCGAUUUUGAUUCAUUUAACACAACAAUUGCAUGUGUAAGUCAUUUUGGCUUUGAGGUUCAAUUUCAAAAAGCAUUCACCAAUGCAAAAUUCAAAGAAUUUCAAGUAGAAGUUUCUUCUAUGAUGUAUUGUAAUACUAGUUUUGAGAGAUUGGAGGACUUGAAUUCAAUAUUCUCUGUUACUGAAAAUAAGAAAGUAAACGAGAACAUUAAAGAUAUGGUGUUUAAGGUAUCUUUCUAUGAAAAAGAUUUCAAAUUGCAGUGUACAUGUUGCUUAUUUGAAUUCAAAGGAAUUUUAUGUAGACACAUUCUUUGUGUGCUUAAGCUCAUUGGCAAAACUGAUUCAGUGCCACCUUAUUAUAUCUUGUCACGGUGGAGGAAGUAUGUAAAGCGGAGAUAUACACUGAUUAAACGUGGUUUUGAAGAAUUGCAACGUGUUAAUAAAGCAUGUGAUGCCUUUUACGAAGUUGCUUCUACAAGCAUAAACUCUGAAGAAGAUUUACUGAAAAUGAUGAAUUGGAUCAAGGAAUUGAAAAAUGUAUUAACUUGUAAAGGGCCAUCCUCCAGGAUUAUAGAAGAAAAUAGUUCAAUUCCAAACCAUGUAACUAGGAUUCUUGACUCAGCCGUAACUCAAUGUAAUGGGUGUCCUCCUUCCAAAAGGAAGACAUCUGACAUUGAUCAAAUUUUGAAGAAGAAGCUUGCAAGAAAUAAAACUCAAAAGAACAACCAGGAAAACAAAAAGGGUCAAAGUCAAGAAGAGGACUUGUUUACACCUAUUGUUCAAGAAGUUGAAGGACAUAUUGGCCAUAUAACCCAGGCACAACACAACACAAUAGGAAUGAUCAAUGAUCAUCAUAAAGACAUAGGUCAGCUGCUACUUUGA